ACCGGUUUAAUCACUUCUCCUAACCCAUCCUUAUAAAGUCCCGCUUCCUCCUCCCCCUCCUAUUCAACACAGAGAACCUCUCUAUUUUAAAACCAUCGUCUCAUCGCCUUUAGGGUUUUUGAUGGAUAAUAAUCGGGUUAAGGGACCAUGGAGCCCGGAAGAAGACGAUCUGCUGAAGCAUUUGGUGAUAAAACAUGGGCCGCGUAACUGGACGAUGAUAGCAAGAGCAGUACCGGGCCGAUCCGGGAAAUCCUGCAGGUUACGAUGGUGUAAUCAGCUGUCACCGGAGGUGGAGCACAGAGCGUUUACACGCGAAGAAGAUGAGAUCAUCAUCAAUGCUCAUGCCAAGUAUGGUAAUAAAUGGGCUACCAUAGCAAGACUCCUCGAUGGACGUACGGACAACGCAAUCAAAAAUCAUUGGAACUCCACGUUAAAGAGGAAAUACGCGGACUUGAUUGAGAAUGAUGGAACGGUUAAUGAAGAUGGAGUGAAGGAGAAAUCUGCUAAAACGGGGUCGUCGUCUUCGGUUCACAAGAGGGCUAGUACUCCUUCGGGAUCUGACGUCAGUGAUGCUGGGUUGCCGGUGACGUCAUCUAUGCUGGCAAGCGAAAACAUGCCAGUUGUAGAAACUGGAAUUAGCAACGACGACGUCGGCGUUUCGACUGAACUUACGUUGUCUACUCUGGGGAUGGAGUCUGGACAGUUGGGGAGAGAUGGGGUUGGUACUAAAGAAUUGUUUACCGGAGAUGUUGAGAAAACGAUGACGUUUGCGCCGGAGUUGUUAGCAGUUAUGCAGGAGAUGAUUAGAAAGGAAGUGAGCAUCUAUAUGGUCGGGAUUGGGAAGAAAAGUAGUGGCUAAUUAGGAAUAUUAAUGGAAAUAAGAUUAAUUAUGGGAUUAGUUAACAAAUUAAUGGGUUGUUAAGUGAGAAGAUUAAAGAUUGGAUGGACCAAUCAUACGUGUGUUGAGAGGUUAGGAAGGUUUGAGGUUUGUCAAGAGGGUAUGACAGAAGCUGUUUGGUUUCUGGUUUUGUUUCGUCGGGCGUGAGAAAAAAAAAAUCUAGAUGUAGGGAAAGAAAGGUUUAGAUCACAGCAGUGGUUUUACUCAUUUGGUGAAAGUAAAAAAUCACUGAUGAUUUACUGGAAAUUUAUUUGUUUCUUAUUUA